AAAGGCACAAUAAAGGUAAAGCAGAAGUAGCUUUUUCUUUAUGGACCAAACCCUUCAUCUUUCCCUUUCCUUUGAGUUUCCCCGAGAGAAACUCCUCAGAGAUUCUCCGUUACCCGCUUCCUCCAUUCCUAUUCACGCAACACACAGUGAGUAGAUACGUUUUCCCCUGCUGCGCUUAUCAUCAUCAUCUCUAACGCCAAAAGUGCUUCUCUUGUGGGUUUAUAGAUAAGCAUGCCCGAAAUUCAGUUAGGUGCUCACACGAUAAGAUCCCAUGGAGUCGCGGUGGCAAGGUUCCACAUGCAUGACUGGCUUAUCCUUGUGCUGCUUAUAGUUAUUGAAGUUGUUUUGAAUGUAAUCGAACCCUUUCACCGUUUUGUUGGAGAGGAUAUGCUCACUGAUCUCAGAUACCCUCUUCAAGACAACACAGUUCCUUUCUGGGCUGUCCCGUUGAUAGCAGUUGUGCUCCCAUUUGCUGUCAUUUCUGUUUACUACUUCAUCAGAAGAGAUGUUUAUGACCUUCAUCAUGCAAUAUUAGGUUUGUUGUUCUCUGUACUCAUAACCGGUGUCAUAACCGAUGCUAUUAAGGACGCUGUAGGCCGGCCUCGUCCUGACUUCUUUUGGCGUUGUUUCCCUGAUGGUAGAGGGUUCUUUCACAAUGUCACAAGGGAUGUUCUGUGUACUGGAGAUAAAGACGUGGUCAAAGAAGGACACAAGAGCUUCCCUAGCGGCCACACGUCUUGGUCGUUUGCUGGGCUAGGCUUUCUAGCGUUGUACUUGUCUGGGAAAAUCAGAGUGUUUGACCAGAGAGGGCAUGUGGCAAAGCUCUGCAUUGUGUUCCUACCUCUACUGGUUGCAGCUUUGGUUGGUGUAUCACGAGUUGAUGACUAUUGGCAUCACUGGCAAGAUGUGUUUGGUGGAGCUAUCAUAGGAUUAACGGUGGCCUCGUUUUGUUAUCUACAAUUCUUUCCACCUCCUUAUGAUCCAGACGGUUGGGGACCUCAUGCGUACUUUCAGAUGCUGGCAGACUCCAGAAACGUUGUCCAAAACUCUGCAGGAAUGAACAAUCUAAGCGUGAGGCAAGCUGAGCUGCAGAAUGUGUACGUUGAUCAACAAGGGACUUCCAUGGAGAUAUCUAGAAGCAACACGCGGGACACCACAAGAACGCUAGAGAGCUGUUAGAGUGUUUUGUAGUCGUUAUUAGUCUUUUGGUGUGUGCUUCUGUUUGAUAUUCUUGGGUAGGCAUCUAACUAAAAGGCCAAAUAGCUCGCAGUUAAAAGAAAAACAGCCUCGGACCAAUUAAAUGGCCAUUAGCUAAAUAGAGGGAGUAGAGAGCCUAAAAGGGAGAGAUAUAUAUAAACGCUAGCAAGAGAGCUUGAAACACUGACUUGGUUAGUGUAAACAGCCUAAUGCUCUGGCCAGCUUCUUGUGGACA